GAUAAAAAAAGACUUCUCGGUGAAAGAAAACUACAAUCUAACCCACACACUAAGGUGUGUGUCCGUGCGUGUGUGAAACGACAUUGACAUCGCGGUUGCUAUUAACUGUGCCGCUUUCAAAGCAUAACAAGAACAACUCAGAACAACAAGCUUCUCAACGUUCACACACAAAGACGAUUGCUUUGCCAUUAUGAUUCCUUCCGUAAUUGGAAAGUGGGAAAGAGUUGAGGCUAAUUUCGCCAAUUGAGCUACCCCUACCGGAACCCAAUUAAAAUUAUUUAAGUUGUCCUGCUAAUAGAAAAUUUGAAAGUAGACAAAAAACAUGUACUAUGGCAACUACAACGCAAAUGAAGGCACUGCGGCAGCAACCACUCCCACCGGUGACCUUUAUUUGCGGCCUUUGCCGUACUUGGAUGCAAAGUGGUUGCGGGCCGAUCUUAUUGCCUGUCUACGUAACUCCGCCGAAGCUGCCGUGCUGUGGAAUCAUCUGAUUCAGGACUGUGAGUUAGUAUCUUCGCCAGCCGCAGCAGUAAUGAACGCUCGUGGUCAACUCUCUUACCUAGGCGACGAUGGAAAACACUAUUGCGGGGCUCAGAAGCUUAAGUGCAUCUGCUGCCAGUCGGACUAUUGUGGCCCGCUUUCAGCAUGUAACUGCGAAGGAUGUCGCCCUCUAGACUCAGACACGGCUAUUAGGAAGCUGACUUCGGCUGCCCAGCAAGCCGCAACUCAACAUCAUGGGUCGGAGCUGACGCUAAAUAACUGGCUGUGGAGCCAACCUCCCACGCAACAGGCAAAAAAGGAAUGCCAGCGUAUGCUCAUUGCUGAGCUGCACGAGUUGGCUUUACGUGCAGCCGGAAAUUGUCUUUCAGCGCAGCAGAUGCGCCAGCAGUUGUUUAUAUACGAGCGAUAUUUUGUGGCUCUAAAGCGUACUCAGCAGCAGCAGUUGCAGCAAAAGCAAAAUCUUCUCCAGCAGCAGCAUCAAAUAAACAAAACGGCCGACGCACCCACAAGCAGUGGUAGCAACAGCACUGUGGUAGAAAAAUUAGGACGUCGAGUAAGCGCGCUGCCAUUGCGUCGCGACUCCAAUCACACGCCGGAUUCGUCGGCUAUAGCUACUGCGGGUUCUGGAUACACCCCAAAUGAACAUGUUGCCCUUGGCUUAGCGCGCGUUGGCACACGCGCUGCCCUUAACUUCUCGUUUGCUUUUCUCCGCCGUGCUUGGCGUUCCGGCGAGGAUAUAGAGAUGUGCAGCGAGCUGUUAAGUGAAGCGCUCGAAUCGCUGCAGGAGCUGCCCGAAGCGACGCUCUUUGAUGCGACCGAGGUCUCACCGCUGUGGCUAGAGGUUAUGGAACGCUCCAUUAAGUUUCUGCGUUUGGUUGCACUUGGUGAUCCAAUGGGCGGGCGCUGUGUUGCUCCAAUUGCCGACCGUCAUACGGCGCUAUGCCUGCUACUCGAGCUAGGCGUCCAGAAGGGCACACUAGCGGCCACGUUAGAGUGCGUCGUGUUGUUGCUCUUGUUGUGGGACAAAGAUAAGUCGAGUAAUGACAACCGUGACAUACCGAAAAAGGCUGGUGCACCUCUGUUGCCAAUCUUGCAACGCUACCAACGCAUUAGCGCAGGCGGCUCAAUGGCUGGAGCCACUGUAGCUAACGGUGAUCUCGUGAGUACAACCAGCGCCACAGAAACCUUUCUACGCUUUCUUAUGCUGCCAAAAAGCAGCGCAGCUAUUGUGGACCUGAAGCGCGCUGCGGUUGUCAUCAUAUCGCAUCUGGAUAGAUUGGCGUUGCCACAUAUGCCUAAUUGCGUAGUGCGGGGCCCCCCGCAGCAGGACAGUUUGCGUGCACAGCUUGGGCACAUGGCCCAGCCCGCACCACCUCCACCGACACCACAGGAACAACAACGUGUCUACGUGCUGGGAUGGCCGACGCUUUAUAGGGAGCAGCAUGGCUUUACGGCAGAGCCAGCGCUUCACUGCAGCAUGGGCGAGAUGCCGACCGCUGCGGACAGCGGAGGAUACUCGGCGCCAUUGCUGAAAUGCAAGUUUCAGGUGAAGCAAGUAGCGUGCAGCGAGGAAUUGGUGCUGUUUCUAUCACAGGAUGGCAAGCUUUACAACUGGCGCAUUUCUAAACCAGAGCUCGAGCCGCAGUUGAUCGAAGAGAUUGCACAUGAGCAUAUUGUGACUAUUGCGUCUCACUGUGAGGGUCGCCACUUUCUGGCUAUUGACACACAUCGCAAUGCGUACUCAUGGGGAUCUGGCGAAAGCCAUCGUCUAGGACACGGUGAUUGCCAUGCUCGCGAGUUUCCAACCAAAAUUGUUGCCCUGGACCAUUGUGUAAAGGCCGUUUUUUGUGGCUGCUCUUAUAGCGCCGCUAUUACCAAUAGCGGUAAUUUAUAUACCUGGGGUCGCGGCACUUACGGACGUUUGGGUCAUGGCAACUCGGAUGACCAAUGCCUGCCCGCUAUUGUUAUGGCCGUUGCAGAUCAUGAGAUUAUUGAUGUGGCGUUGGGUAGCGGAGACGCUCACACGCUGUGUCUGACGGCCGAAGGCCUGGUUUAUGCCUGGGGCGACGGCGAUUACGGUAAACUCGGUAAUGGCAGCUGCAACAGUAGCCUCCUACCGAUCAUCAUCGAAACACUGCCGCGUAUUCAACGAGUUUUCGCCGGAGCUCAGUACUCACUGGCGCUAAGUGUCGAUGGUCAGUUAUACACGUGGGGCAAGAGCACGUGCUUGGGCCACCACAUGGUCGAGCGCAACGUCCAGGGCUAUAGCGUUCCUAAGCAGGUCACGGCUUUGCAGCACAAGCGCGUUGUGGAUGUAGCAGUAGGCGUGGCUCACUGUCUGGCGUUAAGCAGCGGAGGUGAGGUAUACGGCUGGGGUUGGAACGAUUAUCAACAAAUCUGCCCUUCUGCUAUCUCCCGGGAACCGCUAUUGCGUGCGCCUUUGAUGAUUACACCGCCCACAGUAAUCGUCAGCGGUGUAGCAUGUACGGCAGGUCAGAGCCUUUUGUGGACCCAGAGUUCUUGGCAAGGUGUACCUCUGCGCGUCCCCUUCGUCAUCGACUUAACCGAACCAACAUUCCGCCUGCUUGAUCAGUUACUAGGAAUGUGCUGCGGAGGACAAGAUAGCAACAACCGCCAAACACCUAACCAGGAGUCCGAAUGUAUUGCAGUAGCUUGCCUAAAUCUUAUACGCUUACAGUUGGUGGCACUCAUUUCAAACGGCGUGGAACCCAAACAACUCGGUUUGGGAAGUGGAAGCCGUUUGCUGGCUAGUCUAAAGACGCGCAUUCUCACACUGGCGGGCGGUACAAAUGUUCUUAAGACCAUACAAGUUGCGGCACAGCAGGCAUUGCAGGAUGGCUGGAGCGUACUACUGCCCACUGCAGCGGAACGGGCGCAGACAUUGACCUCUCUCUUACCUUCGGAGCUGGGUCAUUCAUCGCCGGGGCAUCGCUUUAUGACAGAUCUGCUUGUAAGCUCGCUUAUGGCCGAGGGCGGUCUUGAGUCCGCACUGCAUCAUGCCAUACGCCUGGAGUCCUCGUCCGUAGAUACAGCCAGUGAUGGUGCUCAUCAUCUGCCACUGUUGCACCUCAUCACACGGCUUCUGGGAAACAACGCGGCACUAACGCAAACGCGGCUAGCACAGCGACGAUCACCAACGCUAGUCACCAAGCAUGAGCAAGAACCAAAAGAGAGUUGCAGCAUUGAGCGAAGCAGCCCUAGUUUAAAUUUGUUACACCGCUUCCAGAGGUUGCUAUUAGCACAUAUGCACCAGGCAAGCGGCAUCGCCGACGAGGAUACGAGUGGAGCCGAGGCAUUGCUGGCGCAGUACCUGCACAGCUUGGUUCCCCUCUGCGUAGUCACAUUGCAACAGGCGCACGAGCUUGCACUGCAAGGACGUGAUGUCAGUGACGUUAACGAAGUGCUCAAGUCGGAUAUCUCGGAUGCCCUGCUAUACGAACUGCUUAUGGGUCUUGUGCUGCUUAAGCGUGAUCGUCCUGAAUGCCUCUCCAAGUUCCGCUGGACGCGAGUAUUUGUCCCAUUGUUGCGUGCUCUGGACAAGCUGAACCAUGUCCUGUGCGAGAGCGAGCUCCGAGAUGGUGACGAUAUGGGCUGGCCAGGCAUUAUAUGUCGCGGUGGCCCCAAGGGCGGUGCGACCGGCAACAUACCAGCAACUGAAUCCGAAAUGCAAUAUGUACGUCGUACAGAUCUCGAAAAUCAGUUGAUCGACGGAGGGCGCUGUGUGAUACUUGGUGGCUAUGUGUGCGAUCUUACAGGAUAUGUAAAUGAAUCCCAGGGCUUGCAGGAGCUACUGGCAGCAGGUAUAGGCAAGGACCUGACCGCCGAUCUAAGCGCGCCUGCCACGCGCUGCAUUAUGGAACACAUACUACAGAAUCAUAAGCUAGGCAAAUAUGCAAACGCUACUAGCGAAGAAAAGCACCCGCCUUCAUCGGGUCUCUCUCUUACCCAUUUCAACUCGGAGUGUGCAUUGGCUCAUCUAUUGGGUGUAACCGCAAAUCUCAUGAUAACUGGACCGGCCUUGCAACCGGCGGAGCUUCAGUGUAAACAGCUAAAUAAAUCAUCGAUACUCAGCGGUGGGCUGCUGCUGCUGCAACCAAGCAAUCCCUUUGACGAAGAAAAAGGAGACGCUCGCAGUAGCCAUAGCACAGCCGGAAAUACACCUACUGGCCACGAACCACCGCCAACGCCGUUGCAGCAACCGCCAGUACGUCCUGUUCGCUCUCAGCUUCAGCAGCGCGUCGACAAUUUCAUUGGUGGAUUGGCCGAAGCGCGAUUAGGAGAUAUGCUUGUUGCCGCCUGGACGGCGCUUGCCGAGCGUUACUGCAAGGAGCACAACCUUAUGUGGCAUCAGGAGUUCCCCACAGAGCAUCCUGUGCAAGAGUUGGAGCGAUUACUGACUGCAGUGCUUAUACGCCACCAAUGCCUUGGUGGACUGGUAGUCAACACAUUGGAGGCUAAUAUGCAGUCACAGCCGCCCAAACAACUUUCUGAGAUUAUUCGACUCGUCUACCAGUCUAAAUGGUCUGUAGUACGCACACGCCAGCAGCUGAACCGCAGUUACAAAGAGGUUUGCGCGCCAAUUAUUGAGCGCCUGCGUUUUUUGCUCUACGAAGUGCGGCCGACAGUUAGCUCCCAGCAACGUGGCUUACAACGAUUACCGCUACUGCACCGACUGCCGCGCUUCAAACACCUGGUACGCCGACUGCUGGUUGAGAUGCGUGCCGUCAAGAAGCAGCUGGCCUGCGCCAAGCCCGAAGACAUUCUCAACGUUACAAUCCAGAGCCAGCAGCAGCAGCAUAUGGUCAAGCAAGAGUCAUUAGAACUUUUACCGGUUAACGGCCUCGAGCUAACAACAGAUCUAACAACAGCGACUCCCAUGGCACUCCCUCCCUCAGCUACCACAGAGCACGUAUUAAAGUCCAGCAAUGAUAUUUUUUACGAGCAUGAGCAGGAUGAGAAGAAGCCAGAAAACGAGGCGGAAAUGGAUGAGUCUUCAGCACGCCUGUUGCGCCGCAUCAAUGAGAAACUCCAUUUUGAUGGUGAACUAAACGCAUCAUUGAUGCACGAUAUCGUGGACUUUGCCAUGCAGGACAGCUGUGAUGUGGAAACUGUACGUCGUGCUAUGUAUUGCCAGAUGCAGCGCUACCAGUUGCGCCUCGGCGGCCUACAGUUGUUUCAGCAGUUGCUCGAGGUGCAUGGCCUCCUUGACGCACCUCAAUACAACCUACUUAAUGGCUUUCUGGGACUACAUUUGAAAAAUAGUGGCGGCGUUGGUGCUCAUACAAUGCAUGUUCUCAAACAGCUAAACAUGAUCACAGCCUAUCAGAAGGCUAAUUUACUUUUGGCCCAGUCGCGCAUCAUAGAGUGGGCAGUGCGUGAGCUGCGACGACUCGUAAAUGAGGAGCAGCUGCCACUACGCGGAAAAGAUAGCUGCAACCUAAGCGCCUACGUGCUACUUAAGAAGCUACCGCGCGCACGUUUUUUGCUGAGCGUGUUUGGAUUGUUGGCCAAGGAGCAGGGUGCUAACGAGCUGAGUCUGCUCAUCAACUCAGGACUUUUAGGUACCGUGCUAGGGCUACUGGCACAAACCGGCGGCGAGGGCAUUGCAGCACGCUCACCUUUUGAGCUUACUGUACUCUACGAGGACACCAUGCUGAAGCAGAAGUCAAGCAAGGCACACCUUAGCGGUCCGGAGCUGGCUAAACUUAUGAAAAUCGGCACACGCAUUGUGCGUGGCGCCGACUGGAAGUGGGGUGACCAGGAUGGAAAUCCUCCUGGCGAGGGUCGUAUCAUAAGUGAGGUGGGCGAAGAUGGCUGGGUGCGUGUGGAAUGGUAUACUGGCGCGACCAAUUCGUACCGUAUGGGCAAAGAAGGACAGUACGAUCUGCAAUUAGCCGACAGUGCGCUUAACAUCGUUUCGCCUACAGAGCCGGAGCAUGACGAGAUACAUUGCUGCGAGCCACCGCCUACUAGUGAAUCCCAUCCCACAAAGCUGCUUCGCUACUGCGCCUCUAAGUUGUUACAGAUCGUAGCCGUUGGUACGGGUCUGCAUAGCGAACGCAUGGACAAGCACGCAGUGCGCGGUGUCACUAGUAUGUUUCGCACCAUACUCGAUCCCAAGCCGGCAUUGGCUCUUACAUCUCACUGCGUUAGUUGGCUUAAUCUAGGCUUCGUACGUGCCAUUGCAGGUGACUGCCGCACAUUGUCCACCUACAUGAGCUCACCGAGCUGGUUGACGUAUUACAUUGAUCUCUUAGAACAGCCCGCUACAAGCGAGCAACUUGUCUUUCGUCAAAUCCACUGCGUGCGCCUGCUGCAGUGCGCACUUGUGCACUGGUCGCAUCAACAGCAGCAUAUGGGAGCGCUUGUGCGCCAGCUUUUCGCUACUUUAGGAAGGCUUGCUUUGCAUUGUCCUCACGAUACAACUCUGCAGCCACAUGAGGGUAAAGCACGAGUUGUGCUCACUGCCUCACACUCUGGAACCGUGGCCGAAGAAAUAGUUACCCUACUGCGACGGCUGCACACUUUGCCUCAUUGGAAUUCCGUUAUUAACUCCUUUCUUGCCCAAAAACUAUGUGUGGCUGCCGAACUCUUCGGAGAGGAUUCGCCACCAGCUCGACCCCAACAGACUCAAAAACCGAACCAGCACCACGUCCAGCUACUGCUGGACAACGAUCAUGUCUUCGUGUUGGGUGUGCUAAGCACAAUCGGUGGCUACGAUUUGCGACCACGCGUUGGCCUUAACUGCUUUCAUGAAGGGAAUCACAUGACUAUAUCCAGCUUCACUACACGAGGCCGCUGUCUGCUCGCUCACAACAAUCUAAGCGGUCCAGCUGGCGGCCAUUUUGUCAAAGUGGCUCUGUCAUCGCUUCUACCAAAUAUUGACUACAGUGUGUUUAGUCUAACACGUCUACCAAUGAAUGAAAUGCUGCUAAACGCAUGGACAGUGCUACUCUAUGGUCCGCCUGGCGAUGCCAAGGAGGCGAAUUCUACGCCUGAGGCACACAUUGAUCUAGCACUGCUUCGCGCUCAACAGCUUCAUCUGGCCGUGCUCAACACCAACAGUGUUCUCUAUCGACAUCAGGCAGCGCUUCGAAAGAUCCUUAAACAGCGUGCUCCUGGUAUUUUUCAGACAGCUUAUAACACCGAUGGCAGUGGUUCGGAGGAGGAGGCCAAUGUUGCAACGGUGGCCGAUCAGCCCGGUACCAGUGCAGCGACCAAGAACAAGACAAGAACAACAUCAACUGAGAUAGUAUCAAAACUGGAUCAAAACAAUGAUCUGGAGCUGCUCAUCCAAUGCAUUCUGUUGCGUGCUACGCAGCCAUCACCAGUAAAGGCCUGCUACAGUUAUACGGAUUUGGCUACAGCAGCUUUGAAUUGCGUGCAGUCGUUGGCCUGCCAAACACAUUUGGAACUUAGUGAAGGAGGUGGAAGUGGAAUUCAGCCCUGCAUGUCGAUACCAGCGCAGCCCACGAUGGUACAUGGUGUUCCCGUGUAUAAUAUUGCUAACUUAAAUUCCGCCUCAACGGUUAGUAGUGCUAUUGCACCGGAACAUAUCAAUGAACACCGGGCAUUAGCUACUGAUGCACAGCUUAUUGGACAAAUAAUGGAAAUGGGUUUUACACGUAAGUCAGUGGAGCUGGCGUUAAAACAACUUUCAUUGCACCCCGAAACCAUUCCUACUCCUGAGCAAAUAGUUCAGUGGAUUUUGGAGCAUCCGGAUGUGUGCGCCAAUACCAUUGAGGAGCCAAGUGAUUUUCACGAUACCAACGACACCGAAAAGCCCACAGGGACUGGUAAGCGGGACGCAGACGGCGAUUCAGACAAUGAAUGUCUAUCAAGCAGCACUUCCUCGGAUACUGUUGAGGGCUCCUCCCUGCAGGACACUGAACUAUCUCCAAACACAAUUGCAACCGUACCAGGACCCACACCAGCACCGGACAACGCCCCCAUCAAAUUUGAGACUAGAAAGGACUUUCAGACGGCGGAUCAAUAUGCGCUUUACGUGCGCGGCCUUGUCUGCCCGGGAAUGACGGUGCGCUGCUGCCGUGACUUCGAGGAGAUAAAGAAAGGCGAUAUGGGCACCGUUCUUAUUGUAGAUACGGAGGGCUUACAUGAUCUCAACGUGCAAGUGGACUGGCGUAAUCACGGUAGUACCUACUGGGUUUGCUUUGUACACAUUGAGUUGGUGGAGUUUUCGCAUGACCAACAAGCUACUACUCAGCCUCGUCCUCCGCACAUCGGUGUGGGAGCGCGCGUUCGUCUUCGCCCCUCCUGUCGCUUUAUCUGGUCGAUGCAUAUGCGCAUUGGCCGCAGUACUGGGUAUGUCACCGCCGUCAAAGGUAAAGAGGUGACUGUUGAUUUUUUGGAGAUGCCAGGUUGGCAGGGCCAUAUCAACGACGUGGAGCUCGUAAGCGUUCCCGCGUUUACCUCGGCAAUGACAUCAGAUACUCAACUGCCGCAAAGCUCUCAGCCGAUGCCAAAUGACCUUAUUGACGACUGGUCGCGCUGCAUACGAGCCUUAAGCGUGAGUUCUAAUGAGGCUGCCGCUAAACAUCUUUUGGAUGGAAGCGUUCAGGUAUGGCAAAGCUCCUCUAGCGGACAGUGCAAGCACUGGAUACGCCUUGAAAUGCAUGACCACGUACUUGUCCAUCGCCUUACACUUCGAGUAAGCCCAGAGGAUCACUCGCACAUGCCUUCGUUAGUAGAAGUUCGCGUUGGUGAGUGCGUAGAUAGUCUAAAGGAAUACACAUGGAUACCUAUUAAAUCAACUGCUACCAGCGUACUCCUUAUGCAGGAUGUGCGCCACUACUUUCCUUGGAUCGAGAUCGUCAUCAAGCAAUGUCAAAACAACGGUAUUCAAUGCAAAGUUCACGGUCUAGAAAUCGUAGGACGUCGCCAGCAACCGGAUCUGGAUCAUAUGCUGACAAAUGCGCAGUUUUUGGCUUGUGAGUACACCGGCCUUGCCAGCGUUGGUCCUAGCGCUGAUGGAUGCGUAUCUCCUGAUGCAAGAAGUACACCUCAAAACGAACUUCCCUGCACUGUCAUGGUUUGGGGCCUAAACGACAAGGAGCAGUUGGGUGGUCUAAAGGGUUCCAAGGUCAAAGUACCUACCUUCUCACAGACCAUCAGCCGAUUGCGUCCCAUUCAUAUAGCUGGAGGCUCAAAGUCGUUGUUCGUGGUAUCACAAGAUGGAAAAGUAUACGCCUGUGGUGAAGGAACCAACGGCCGAUUAGGUCUUGGCGUCACCCACAACGUCUCCAUGCCCCACCAGCUGCACGUGCUGCAUCAAUAUGUAGUUAAAAAGGUGGCUGUACAUUCGGGUGGAAAGCACGCUUUGGCUCUAACCCUGGACGGAAAAGUUUUCAGUUGGGGUGAAGGCGAAGAUGGUAAACUAGGUCAUGGCAAUCGCACCACAAUCGACAAACCGCGCUUAAUAGAGGCCUUGCGUUCCAAAAAGGUACGCGACAUUGCUUGCGGCUCUUCGCAUAGUGCAGCCAUUACUUCGCUGGGUGAACUUUACACCUGGGGCUUGGGCGAGUAUGGCAGGUUAGGCCAUGGUGAUAAUGGAACGCAGCUGAAACCCAAGCUGGUCACGGCGCUUGUAGGCAGACGAGUCAUUCAAGUGGCCUGCGGCAGCCGCGAUGCGCAAACACUGGCACUCACCGAAGAUGGCGCAGUGUUUAGCUGGGGUGAUGGUGAUUUUGGAAAGCUAGGCCGCGGUGGCUCCGAAGGAUCAGCAACUCCCCACGAGAUUGAGCGCCUGACAGGUAUUGGAGUUAUUCAGAUCGAAUGUGGUGCCCAAUUCAGCUUAGCGCUUACCCGUGCCGGCGAGGUGUGGACCUGGGGCAAAGGCGACUACUACCGUCUAGGACAUGGCGGAGAUCAACACGUGCGAAAACCACAGCCAAUUGCUGGUCUGCGUGGUCGACGCGUCAUACAUGUAGCCGUUGGGGCUCUACAUUGCCUUGCCGUCACUGAUGCAGGUCAAGUAUUUGCAUGGGGUGACAAUGACCACGGUCAACAGGGCUCCGGAAACACGUUUGUUAACAAGAAGCCGGCUUUGGUUAUCGGUCUGGAUGCGGUCUUUGUAAAUCGUGUGGCUUGUGGAAGCUCGCAUUCGAUUGCAUGGGGCUUACCAAACGCAACACUGGACGACGAAAAGCGUGGACCCGUGCCUUUUACCACAACACGUGAUCCCUUGGGUGGUAGUAGUCUAGCUAUCUAUGAAGCAGAGCCACUCGGUUCGGGUGGCUUAGCUACUACAGGAUGUAAAUCAGAUUCCAAAUCUACACACGGGACAAUCACCAGUCUCAGUGAAAGUUUGGUAUUAGAAACGCCGGCAGCGCGGCAGACGGCGCUGAACUAUGUUUUAAAAGCUAUGAGCAUCCUACAGGCGCGUCAGCUGAUAGUCGCUGCCCUAACUAGCCACAGUAAGGUCAACUACAACGAGAAGCAGACGCACGAGUUUGAAGUCGAUCACGCAUCCACAACUGCGGUAGGAUCGUUAAAGGAGCUGGUAGCUCCCACUGGCGAGAUGAUUGCUCAAGGUGGUGGAGAGGCGCCAGCUGAUGCAACUGAUCCUGCUCUGCAGGAGGUCAGUCCCGACGGGCUGGAUACCGCAAUUCCGCCACCGCCGUCAACAUGCCCCCUCAGCGCAUUCCAGAGCCUUACCGGUUCGCUUUCUAUGUCUACAUCACUGUCUAGUAGUGCGAUGCCUCACAAGCAUUCCCGUAUGUCUGCUAGCGCUAUGUCAGUAAUGGCCGCUACCAUGACGCAGCAAGAGGACAUGAUGGCACCUAUAAGCAGCAUCGCUGGAUUGGAUGACUUUACCUCCCUUCUUGGUGAGGCUGAAGCCAAAACUUUGGUGGAUCUCCUCAAGCUUGCCGUAUGCGGACGCACUGGUCCGAUGAGUACCGUCCAGACUAUCGCCGAGACCCUCAUCUUACUAGGAGCUGGCACGCCGACUAUCGGUGCCAUGUUAUUGGAGACGUGCAUAACCGAAUUGGAGGAUCUAUGCACUUCGCGCCAUUGUCUGGGUAAGGUUCCCAAACCCGUUAUGCAGGAGAGUAGCCACCCUUACGUCGACAAUGUGAAUGUGACAGGCGUAGUGCGAAUUCCAGGUGCAGACAUGCUUCGUCUUGAAUUUGAUAGCCAAUGCUCCACGGAAAAGCGAAACGAUCCGCUUGUUAUAAUGGAUGGUGCCGGUCGCGUCGUUGCCAUGCGCUCCGGUCGCGAAUUCUCGCACUGGGCGCCCGAGAUACGUAUUACUGGAGACGAGUUGCGCUGGAAAUUUUCGUCGGAUAGCUCAGUAAAUGGCUGGGGUUGGCGCUUUUGGGUGCACGCCAUCAUGCCUGCCUCGACGUUGAGCGAAAGUGGUUCGGAUCGAGCCGUGCUAUCACAGCCGUCUAUGCCGUUAGUGAUGGCGUUGCUAGAUGCGCGCCUAGGACCUCAGGAGACUGGCGUGCUUUUACGAUUGGCUGCAGCUCUAGCCACCUGUGCUCAGUUGAGCGCACUAACUACGGCUCAACGCAUUUGGGCUUUAAAAAAGCUGCAUGCUGUUCUUCUGCUGGAGCAUGCACCGCGACCGCACGACCCAACGCUGACCGCCAUUGUAGUGCCACUUAUCCCAGAGCUGUUACGGCAGUACGAGUAUGAGGAGCCACAGGUACGGGGUGGCAUACAUUUGAUGCACUCAGAUUACUUCAAGACGCUUGCAGCGCUCGCCUGCGAUAUGCAAAUAGAUGCUAUGUUGCCCCCUGGCGAUGUACACAAAUGGGCAUGGUUCAAACGUUAUUGUAUCGCUGUACGUGUAGCGCAAUCGCUAAUUCGGCGCACAGAGCUACCAAAGAGCUUUUGCCUGGAGGUGCGCAAAAAGUUUGCCGAAAUGCUGCCGCCAGUGCCGCCAUCGCAGUCGCCUGGUGCUUCGCUGAUGAAUUCUACCACAUCGCUGUCUUCUAGCACAACCAGCAACGUCACACCACCACCCCCUCCACAGCCAUCGUUGGGACACCUUAGUCAGUACAUCGAUGCAGUGAUAGUUCUGCGGGCACAAGAAGGCUCUGCCUCGGCAUCCGCCUCCCUGAACAGUAGUGUCCUUAACUACAUGCUACCAUACAACGAACAACUCCAAUGCUUGCACGAGGACCACUCACUUUUCAAGGAACAACACGAUGCACAGCUGUUGCAGUGGCUGAACCGUCGUCCCGAUGACUGGGCGCUUUCAUGGGGUGGGGCUAGCACCAUAUACGGAUGGGGUCACAACCACCGCGGGCAACUGGGAGGCCUAGAGGGCAGCCGCAUUAAAACACCUACGCCAUGCGAGGCGCUUAGCCUGCUACGACCCGUACAGCUGGCUGGUGGGGAGCAAUCGUUAUUUGCUGUUACACCGGAUGGAAAGUUAUUCGCUACGGGCUAUGGUUCCGGCGGCCGUCUGGGAGUCGGUGGCACAGACUCUUGGGCCAUUCCUACUCUAGUGGGCUCAUUGCAGCACGUCUUUAUCAAGAAGGUUGCCGUUAAUUCAGGUGGCAAGCAUUGCCUAGCCCUGACAACGGAAGGUGAAGUGUAUGCAUGGGGCGAAGGUGAGGAUGGUAAACUCGGUCACGGAAACCGAAUGAGCUACGAUAGGCCCAAACUAGUGGAGGAUCUGAAUGGUAUGAGUGUUGCUGACAUUGCCUGUGGCAGCGCACACUCAGCCGCUAUCACAGCAUCGGGCCACGUACUGACAUGGGGCAAGGGACGAUACGGGCGCUUAGGUCACGGAGACUCUGAAGAUCAACUGCGACCAAAGUUAGUCGAGGCCCUAUUGGGUUAUCGGGCCAUCGACAUCGCCUGUGGAUCUGGAGAUGCUCAAACGCUGUGCAUCACCGACGACGAUAACGUAUGGAGCUGGGGUGACGGCGACUAUGGAAAACUAGGCCGCGGCGGCUCCGACGGCUGCAAAGUUCCCUUUAAAAUUGAAAGUCUGGCUGGCCUCGGUGUUGUCAAGGUGGAAUGCGGAUCGCAAUUCUCUGUAGCGUUGACUAAAUCUGGCGCUGUCUAUACAUGGGGCAAGGGCGACUUCCAUCGCUUGGGCCAUGGUUCCGUAGAUCACGUGCGCAGACCUAAAAAAGUGGCCGCAUUGCAGGGGAAAAAAAUUAUCUCGAUUGCCACAGGAUCGCUACAUUGUGUCGCAUGUAGCGACAGUGGCGAGGUUUACACAUGGGGUGAUAACGAUGAAGGUCAGCUCGGCGACGGUACUGUAACUGCCAUACAGCGUCCACGGUUAGUCACAGCACUACAAGGUAAACACAUUGUUAAAGUAACCUGCGGGUCGGCCCAUACUCUUGCGCUGUCUACGUCACAGCUUACGGAGCGACUACGCCCACUGCCCAAUCCACCCCUAGAGUAUGAUCUAGUGCGUGACUUGCCUCCGGAAGCAUUACAUGCCCGCCUGAUACUAUUACACCAUUUUUCGGAACUGUUGUGUCCCUGUCUUGCAAUGCUGCCUAUUACAGGCGAUCUCAGCCUAGGCGCUCUGAAGGACGUGCUUGUCUAUAACAUUAAAGAGGCGGCCUUCCGAAAGGUAAUUCAGACCACUAUGGUGCGUGAUAAGCAGCAUGGCCCGGUCAUCGAGCUAAACCGUAUUCAAGUUAAACGCUCACGCAACAAGUGCAAUGGAUUGGCCGGCGUAGAUGGCAUGAAAAGCGUCUUCGGGCAGAUGGUUCAAAAACUGCCGUUGCUCACGCAGGAGGCCCUUUCGCUACCACAUCGUGUGUGGAAGGUGAAGUUCGUCGGCGAAAGUGUCGACGAUUGUGGAGGCGGCUACAGCGAGUCCAUUGCUGAAAUGUGCGACGAACUUCAGAAUGGCAGCGUUCCAUUGCUUAUAAACACACCUAAUGGGCGUGGCGAAGCCGGAGCUAAUCGGGAUUGCUUUCUGCUUGAUCCCACACUAACAUCGGUGCUACAAAUGAACAUGUUUCGAUUCCUUGGCGUCCUUAUGGGUAUUGCAGUACGCACUGGUUCACCAUUGAGCUUAAACCUUGCUGAGCCAGUUUGGCGUCAAUUGACUGGCGAGGCACUACGUCCAACCGAUCUCACAGAGGUAGAUCGUGACUAUGUAGCAGGCCUCCUCUGUAUACGGAAUAUGGAUGAUGACCCAAAAGUUUUUAACACUUUGGAGCUGCCAUUCUCGACAUCGUCGGCUCGCGGCCACGAGGUACCGCUGUCCACACGUUACACCCACAUCUCUCCCAAAAACCGAGCAGAAUAUGUGCGUCUUGCACUUAAUUUUCGCCUGCACGAGUUUGAUGAACAAGUUAAAGCAGUGCGUGAUGGCAUGUCGAAAGUCAUACCCGUUCCGCUCCUAUCAUUAUUUUCCGCCGUUGAGUUGCAGGCCAUGGUCUGCGGCUCCCCAGAUAUUCCACUAGGCCUGCUUAAGUCGGUAGCCACAUACAAAGGAUUCGAUCCAAAUUCAGCGCUAGUCUCUUGGUUUUGGGAGGUUAUGGAGGAAUUUACCAAUCAGGAACGAUCGCUCUUUCUGCGUUUUGUAUGGGGUCGUACGCGACUGCCGCGAACAAUAGCUGAUUUCCGUGGACGCGAUUUUGUGUUGCAAGUAUUGGAAAAGAACCCUCCUGAUCAUUUCUUACCAGAAAGUUAUACGUGCUUCUUUUUGUUAAAAAUGCCGCGCUACUCUUGCAAGGCUGUACUUCUCGAAAAACUCAAGUAUGCAAUACAUUUUUGCAAAAGCAUUGAUACAGACGAAUACGCACGAGUGGCCAUGGGCGAACCCACCGAGGCAACAGGCAGUGAAGACAAUAGCGAUCUAGAGUCCGUUGUUAGCCAUGAUGGUUAAGCGAUGAUAUAUAUUCAUACUCGAACCGACCAUAACACGCAUCGAUUAAUGUGGAUAAAACCCUGUACCCAAAGGCUAAAAAAUGUACAUUACGUUUGUGCAAAGUAUGCAACAGAAAGAAGGAAGCAUUUCCGACCCCAUGUGUACAUAUAUGCAUAAUCAGUAUGACGAAACAAAUUGAUCUAGACAUGUCCGUCAGUGCGUCUGUCUGUCUGGAUGAACGCCUCUAUGUAAGAAACGGAUGAGCCUUCAUUGUCUAAACUUGGUUUAUACACCCCUAGUCCCUAGGCAACAUGAUUUAUGUUCAUUUGUUUUCAAUUUACAAUAUUUACGAUUAUACUCUAGUACUAUGUCGAUGUAGGAACACAUAUUACAAGUCGGUGGAAGCUUGUUUGAGUACAGGGUAACUUUACUGUCGGACUAACCCGACUGUAACAUUAUUUCCUGUUCUUAAAUUUAAGUUUUCGGUGUCAUUGAGAACGAUUAGCAGGAAGCUUUAAAUGAUACUACUUUGAUGCAAUUACUAAUCAGGAAUCGAGCCUAGGCAAGUUGACAUUCAUCGAUAAAACUUAUGCACAUAUAGAAAUAUCGUAUAUGCGUAUGUGUACGUAAAAACAAAUGAUUUUAUCACCAUUGGCACAAGGUGGAUUCAUCCCUAUUUUAACAUACAUAUGCACUUAACUGAAUUCGUA